UGUCGGUAGGAAAUAACGGCCCGUAUAGUGCACUUAUUGUUCAUCGGCAUGCCGUUUUAGACGCAGCCUAACACCCAACCAGCGCUCUCGUCAGAUUCUGCGCACUCCGCUCCAGCGCUAUAAAGAAGCCGGCUCGGCUGGUUGAGGCCGGUUUAGAGACGCUGCCGUCGUCCGUCUUCUUUCAGUUUUAACCUCUGAAAGAAACCUGAGGUGUAUGAUGACAGCUUGAAAUGGCACAGAAAGACACGUUAUUGCAUCUCUUCGCCGGGGGAUGUGGUGGUACAGUGGGCGCCAUUGUGACCUGCCCACUAGAGGUGUUGAAGACGAGGCUACAAUCAUCAGGUCUGACGCUCAGACCGGUGUUUCAGGUACAGCUUGGUACAGUCAGCGGAGCUGGUGUGAUUAGACCGGGACCAGUAACACCGAGCCUCUUGCAGGUCCUACGGUCAAUAUUGGAAAAAGAAGGACCAAGUUCGCUGUUCCGAGGACUGGGUCCAAAUCUGGUUGGCGUUGCACCAUCAAGGGCAAUAUAUUUUGCAGCCUACUCCAAGUCAAAAGAGACCUUUAAUGGCAUCUUUGUGCCAAAUAGUGGAGCAGUGCACAUGUCUUCAGCUGGAUUUGCAGCGUUUGUAACAAACUCCUUGAUGAACCCCAUCUGGAUGGUCAAAACAAGAAUGCAGCUUGAAAAGAAGGCACGAGGCGAGAAGAAGAUGAACGCAUUGCAGUGUGCGCGCUACGUGUACAGGACAGAAGGUAUAAGAGGUUUUUACCGGGGCCUCACUGCAUCGUACGCCGGAAUCUCGGAGACCAUGAUUUGCUUCCUCAUCUACGAGACGCUGAAGAAGCACAUAGCUGAGAGACGACUCAUGUCUGCCAACAGCAAUGGAGAAAAAAGAGCCUCGGACUUCCUAAGCCUCAUGUUAGCAGCUGCUUUUGCCAAAGGCUGUGCUUCCUGCAUAGCAUAUCCACAUGAGGUCAUUCGGACAAGGCUGAGAGAAGAGGGUAGCAAAUAUAAAUACUUUUUCCAAACGGCCCGCCUGGUGGCGGUGGAGGAGGGCUACGCUGCUUUUUACAGAGGACUCAUUCCACAGCUCAUUAGGCAAAUUCCCAACACGGCUAUAGUGCUCUCCACCUAUGAGCUCAUUGUCUACCUGCUGGGACAGUCAUCCAAAUAAAGCCCAGUGAUAACUUGCACAAAAAGACUUUAGGACCUGCAAAUUAAAACUUGGAGAAAAAGAAACCUGUUGUGAGAGACUGUUUUUGACUGAGGAUGCAGUAGGAUACAGGUUGGGAGUAGAAUCCAAAGACUUUAAAGAAAAAUAAAGAGCCUAUUUUUUUAUUUGAAUGCAUAUAUUCUGCUAGAUGUAAAAAAAAAAAAUUUGAUUUCCGUUGAUCAUGCAUCCUCACUGACACUUUAAUUUCGAAUGUGCGAGAUAUUAAUAUAUGGUACACGUAAGGUUUAGAGCCAAGUAUUAAUAUUGCAUCACUGUACAGAAAGAGGUCAUCCUAAAACACCUAGUGAUAUUAAGUUAACUAAAUUAUUCUUAUUUUGGUGUAUAUAUAUUUUAUUUUUAGUUGUAGUUUUUAAUUUCGGUCAUGGUUCUGUCCAGCCUGCUAUUGUGUCCUUCAAAGAUGCAGGAGCUGAACUGUCCAGCGGAUCCUGUUGUACUGAACUGGAAGGAUGCUGUUAUGAAGAUGUGACAUAAAGCUCUUGGGGACAUACUGUAAUGUUGAAGUAGUUUUGUUCAUGUUCAUUAUGUAGUGAUCUUAGAUGUUCAUGUAUGUUUACUGUUCUGUUUGUGACGAUAGGUUCGUCUUUUACAGAAAAAGGAAAAUGCGUACACAAGCAGUGGUUCAAUAAAAUGAAUGCUACUUUUUUUUGGAAA